CUUUUGCUGUCAACCAGUAGUCUGUUUUGUGAUAUGUUGCGCUGUGUUUGUAAACAAAACGUAUGCAUAACAUUCCGCCGGUGGCUACUUCUCGAAGGAGAAUCAAAACAUUGCCCAUACGAAUAACUUUGUGUGUGAAAUCUUUGGAUCGUUGCAUACCUACUUUUGAUGGAUUUGGUGCGAAAAGGUGCAAUCAACUGUGAUCAGGGUGCAGUCCGAGCUGUAAGAUAUAAUGUCGAUGGCUCGUACUGUCUAACGUGCGGCUCGGACAAAAAGAUCAAACUAUGGAACCCCCACUCGGGUCUGCUGCUGAAAACGUACGGUGGCCACGCCGGAGAAGUGAUGGACGCGGCCGGUAGCUGCGACAGUGGCUUCAUCGUGUCCGUUUCACAGGACAAAAGCGUCAUCUACUGGGACGUGACCACGGGUCAACCGGUGCGGCGUCUGCGAGGCCAUGCCGGGGCUGUCCAGUGCGUCAAGUUCAACGAAGACUCGUCGAUUGCGGUGUCCGGUUCGACGGACAACACCGUCAUGUGUUGGGACAUUCGAACGCGCAAACUGGAAGCGAUCCAAACGAUGCGCGAAGCCAAAGAUUGCAUCACGUCGUUGGUCGUGACGGAACACAAGAUCAUAGCCGGCUCGUUGGACGGAUCCAUACGAACGUACGACCUGAGAGCCGGGGAGCUGACGUGCGAUACCGUGGGCAUUCCAAUCACCCACAUCGUGCAGACCUCCGAUGGGCAGUGCAUCCUGGCGGCGUGUUUGGACAGUACGAUUCGCCUGGUGGACACGGAUUCGGGUGAGCUGUUGCAGGAGUACAAGGGACAUCGAACGGAGGAUUACCACAUCGAGUGCGCCGUCAUCCAGGGAGAUUCGACCAUCAUAUCCGGAUCGUCUGAGAGCUGUGCGGUGCUGUGGGAUCUGCUGGAAGGAAACGAGCUGCGGAGACUGCAGAUGGACUUGGGCGUUGUUCACUCGUUGGCGCCGCAUCCGACGGGGUCGGACAUAAUGUUUGCCAAGAAGCGAAUCGUGGAAGUGUGGGGAAAGCCGUCAGAUGAGAUCGAGGAACUUGUAGAAGAUUAGGGUUGGUUUGUAUAAUAAAGAAUAAUGAACUACA